GACAAGGUGACAUGGGAACCAAUUGGUAUGCAGUUCUUACUGGUACAGUGGAUGUUAACGUCUCUGAGACAGGAGAUCCAAAGGACGCUAUCACAAUCUGCACGCUGGGUGUUGGCACAGCUUUUGGUGAAUCAGUGUUGAGCGAUACACCACGACACGCUACGGUAAUCACGACAGAAUACUGUGAAUUCUUACGAAUAGAACAGAAAGAUUUCAGAUCAUUAUGGGAGCGAAACAAGCAAUUUAUGGAAGGAAUGAUUAACUCCAACCCAGUGCCUGCACUACCUAGCAAUACAGCCUACUUACAACAACAAGAAAUUACAGGGUCUCCAAUUACUCCUAGACGUGCAUAUUCGUUGGAUCGUGGGUCGCCGGCGUUGAUAUCCCGUGAUAGUCUCAACGAAAGCCUAGAAAUAAUACCAAAGCUGUCACAGUCCCCCAAGCCACACGGUGAAGAUGGUUUCGGUGCACAGCAUCCAGCCCUACCUCUUACAGAUACCCCAUCAGAACGACUUGCCCGAGCAGGUUACGUCAUUCGUUCUGUUAUCUUGACUCGAUCCCCACACAUGAUUCGUGAUCGUAAAUACCACUUGCGUACUUACCGCCGAUGUUUAGUCGGUUCAGAGAUGGUCGAUUGGCUUGUACAGCAGAGCUCAUUUGUUCAUUCACGGAAUCAGGCAGUCGGCAUGUGGCAGGCACUUUUGGAAGAAGGAGUCAUAACACAUGUAUGCCAUGAACAUCAGUUUAAGGACAAAUAUUUAUUCUAUCGAUUCCGAGAAGAUGACCUUGGCAUUGGAACAGUGCCUACAAAUAACGAGAAAAAAGAAUGCGAAGAUGAGUUGCAAGAUACGCUCGUUAUGUUAGCACAAAUCAGCCCUGAUGCGAUGAUGAGAAUGAUUUUGAGAAAACCACCUCCUGAAAGAACUGUAGACGACCUGGAGAUUAUAUAUGAAGAGCUACUCCAUAUUAAAGCAUUAUCACAUCUGUCAACCAUGGUGAAAAGAGAACUAGCAAGUGUACUCAAGUUUGAAUCACAUCAGAAAGCCGGAACUGUCUUGUUCAACCAAGGAGAUGAAGGAAAAUCCUGGUAUAUAAUUCUACGAGGUUCCGUUAACGUGGUCAUAUAUGGUAAAGGAGUGGUCUGUACAUUACAUGAAGGGGAUGACUUUGGUAAACUUGCGCUAGUCAAUGACGCUCCAAGAGCAGCAUCAAUUGUACUCCGAGAAGAUAACUGUCACUUUUUACGAGUCGAUAAAGACGAUUUUAACAGAAUAUUGAGGGAUGUGGAAGCCAAUACAGUUAGAUUGAAAGAACAUGGCCAGGAUGUUCUUGUUUUAGAGAAAAUUCUUACAAACAGAGGUGAAGAUGGAACGCCCACUCACUACAAGUACUCAGUAAUGGCUGGUACACCAGAGAAGAUGCUGGAGCAUUUAUUGGAGGCUCAUAUCGAUAAAUACAAUGAGUUAGAUACUUUUGUUGAAGAUUUUCUACUUACACAUGUAGUUUUUAUGGAGAGUAGUGAACUGUGUCCAACUCUCAUGUCUCACUACCAUGCCAAAGCCUCACAAGGUACAGAACAGGAAAUGGCGGAUUACGCGUUAAAUAAUAAAAGACGCGUAAUUCACCUCGUGUUGCAGUGGAGUUCGGUUGCAGGCGAUGAUUUUAGGGAAGAUACAACAAUUGCUGCUUUUAUAGAUAGGAAAUCUAUCAAGCCAAACGACGAAAAUAUAUUCAAAGUGUAUUGUGCUGAUCAUACGUACACCACACUCAGACUACCCAUAGACUCUAAGGCCAGCGUUAUUGCUCAAAGUGCUGCCGAUAAGAUUUGUAUUGGGGAGGAUUUGGUGCUAUGUGAGGUCAAGUCUACGGGAGAGAGGGUUGUUAUAAAAGAUAAUGAGGUCGGAGUUACAACCACUUUAAGUUUGAAUGGCCGUUUAUUUAUAGCUACAAGAGAACACUUGGAUGCCUUGACCCCGAUACCAGAACAAGAAGGCCCAUCACAAGGAACAAGUUCAGUUUUUGAACUGAUGAGCACAAAGGAAGUGGCCUAUCAAAUGACAUUAUAUGACUGGGAACUUUUGAACUGUUUACAUGAGUAUGAGUUGAUUUACCACACAUUUGGACGGCAUAAAUUUGGCAAGAUAACAUGUAACUUAGAUAUGUUACUUAGAAGAUUCAAUGAAGUACAAUUCUGGGUUGUCACUGAAAUGUGCCUUACCAAUACACUUGGAAAAAGAGUACAGUUAUUACGGAAAUUUAUCAAGAUAGCUGCAUUUUGUAAAGAGUACAAGAAUAUGAACUCUUUUUUUUCAAUUGUAAUGGGUCUCAGUAAUAUUGCUGUUAGUCGGUUAUCACAAACUUGGGAGAAGUUGCCAAGUAAAUUCAAGAGAAUGUUUGCUGAGUUUGAGACUACGUUAGAUCCAUCGCGUAAUCACCGAGUGUAUCGCUUAGCCGUUGCCAAGAUGCAGCCUCCCAUCAUUCCUUUUAUGCCAUUACUGAUGAAGGACAUGACAUUUACGCAUGAAGGCAAUAAAACUUAUUUUGACGGACUCGUCAAUUUUGAGAAAAUGCACAUGAUUGCUACUACCAUUCGUACCAUCAAAUACUGCCGAAGUGAACCAUUCAAAGUGGAACCCCCACCAGCUGUGAAAAAUGUACAGGAAGUCAGAGCGUAUGUCAGAAACCUGAGUGUGAUAGAUAAUCAGAGAACAUUGACUCAACUUUCACAUAAAUUAGAACCAAGAAGGUCAUGAGUAUAGUGGAAAAAAUGAAUGAAUUCAACGAG